AUGAGAACAGAUUUGAUCUGUUUGUUAUUUGCAAUUAUUCUAUACACAUUGCUAUGUCUAACAGGCAAUGUUAGAAAUCAAUUGGUUCAAAGCCAAAACAGAACUAAUACGUCAAUAGAAAUAGGAGCAGAAAGUUCAGGAGGAACAGAUUCUGACUCCAAGAGAACGGAAACGAGAGAAACUAAUAAUAGACAGUCACAGGAAAACAGCAAAGAUUCACAUUCAAGUUCAAGAGGCGAUUUCGGAUUCCAAUCUUCACAACGAAAAUUCCAACUGAAAUACGCAAAUCGAAGAAAAAGUGAUAUUUAUACUAGCGGUUACCAAACAUUCCUCGGAAAACGUAGACGAGGCAGUAAAUCACAUGUGAAAACCACAUUCAGAAAACGUUCUGGCUACGAUCACAAUGGUCAAAAGAAACGAAGUUCCACAUUCGAAAGUUAUGGUGAGGCAGACAGUUUCGAUAGAAAGAAAAUACGUGAUGUGUUCGAUGUGAAUGGAUAUAUUUCGGAGGGUCGGAAGCGUAGUAAACUGGGUGGAUACAUUCAAGAAAAUCAACAUGCGUUUAUGUCAGGUGGACACAAGUCGCAAGCUUCUCGAAAUGAUAGGAAAUCUAGUGAGGAUGGAAGUCACUUUGUAAAUGAAACAAAUAAUAGAAUAUCUGGUAGUCAAAGUUUUAAAGACAAUCGAAGGAACGCAAACAGUACGGUAAAACCACUUCGAAAAUGAAUUAAAUAAUAUCUCAAAUUUACAUGUCCACAUGUUAAUGAAGAUUCCUUGUUCGAAAUUAAUACUCAGUUUCCCAUUACUGUUUCUUCGCGAAUCACAUCAAAUUAAACUAUAUCAACCAUGAACUAGUGACAUAAACUGACAAUGAAUUCCAUCCAUCAUCUGUUCACAUCAACAAUCAAUAUGAUUUUGUUCCUACCAAUCCCUCAUUCUUUUCUUUCAAAUCAUUCUUCACAACCAAUGUGUGUUAGCUACAUUAGGUUCACUCUCAUCAUCAUAUUGAGUCCUCGUUCACAAAAUUCACUACUUUCAUCUCCCUCAUCAUUGGAAGAUGAAAUCUGUUGAAAACCAUUGGUAUUCUUCUAAAUCACAUUUGCAAACUCUUAUAAUUCAUUGUAACAGAUCAUGCAUUGUAAGAACAGGUGGGUAAAUGUAUUUCAAAACAAAUUACACCACAAACAUUUCCCUUUAUUCACGCCAAUCAAUCCAAACAAAUUGCACCGUACACUUUAUCUACUCACAUGUGGAUUACCAAUCAUGUUACAGAAUGAACAUGGUAGUCGAAACAACAAAAUGAUAGAAUGAUCGCGUCUUCGAUGCACUUGUCUACCUAUAAAUUUCAGUGCUUUCAUCCUCAAUUGUCUUAGUUGAUACAUACAGAUGAUUACACGUAGAUAACACAUUGAACCCUGUUUAAAAUACAUUAUAUAAGGUAGUCAUUUCAAACUGAACUUUUUUCGUAUAGGACGUAGUAUUAUGAUGAAUGUCUAAUCCGUAGAUGACUAUUCGAAUUUCGGUUCAAACAUCUCAAAUGCAUUCGGUUUCAAACUGAACCAGAACAUGUCUUCGAUACUUAGUAAUUCUAUUCCAUCCUUUCACUUUGACUUUCACAAAUAAUUCAAGUAUCACACCAUUGUUGAUUACAAUGAGUUCAAUUCACCUAUCCACUUCACAUCCAUCACAUGAAAUGACUUGAUAAUCAAUUCGCAAUGAAAUAUCUUAAACAAGUAAAAUCUUUCGACAUUUGGUUUUCAAUUCAUUAUUCAAGAUGAAGUGUGAAUAGUCUGAAGAUAUGAUAUGGAUAGGAUUGACUCUGAGAUCAGAUGCAUCUAGUUAGUAGGGAUAGAAGGUCUUGUUGAUUAUAUCAGUAUUCAACACAAACCAAACGACAACCGUCUCACAAUUAGUUGAUCACUGAGUAGUGAACAAUAUCUCGUAUUUCAUGUCCUUCAUAAUGCUGAUCGAUAGAAAUGAAAAUGUCAAGUCACUUAGACUACUCUUAACCACGUUCCAGUUUGAUCGAUAGAAUUCGAUCAUUUCAUGAAAGACAAGAGAUAAACGGUAUUGGUCACUACCAAAUGAUCAAUCAUUUGUAAAUACACCUCAGUCUUACGGAAUGUCAAUGAUAUGGUGUUUGACUGUGAAAUGUGGUCAUAAAAAACUGAAUCCGUCAGUAAACUUUAGUUCACCUAAUCUUUAUAAAAGAUUUCCAGUCGAAGUUUUUUAUCCACCAUCUUACUAGCCUUUUUCUUGUACUCAG